AUCGAUGCCUCGAUGGCGACCUUUCUUUAGGCCAUACCACAGUCCUCGAUGGCCGGCUCGAACGCGACGCCGCUCCCGUGGAGCGCGGCCCUGGGCGUCGACGUGAACGGCCUCGACGUGCGCUGCCCCAUCGUGUCCCUCUUCGCGCUCGUGGGCGUCAUGGCGUCGGGCUACGACGCCCACGCGUCGGUCGUGAAGUGGGAGUCGAGCUCCGGCGCGAACCUGGGCGACGACCUGAGCUCCGUGACGUCGCUGCUCUACUACGUCGCCGUCUGCUUCCCCUGCGGCGUCUUCUACGCGUUCGCGAACGUCGGGAACCACCCGAGCUCGACGCGCCGGGGCUUUUUCGCGUCCUUCUGCCUCGCGGCGCUCGCGCUGGCCCGCGGCGCCGUCGUCUUCCACGACGAGGUCGUCGCCGACGACCUCGACGUCACGCAGCUCGCGCUCGGCUGGGUCAUUUUGAUGGCGUGGGCCAUGGUCGCGGUCGCGUACUUUCGUUUUUUGGUCGAGCGGGGCCGCGGCGAGUACUUCCAGAAGCCGCUGCGCGAGGCGCGCGACUGGCACGUCCACGGCCUCCUGCGCCGGCGCCUGCCGCCCGCGGCCGUCGCCGUCGAGGCGAAGGACGACGGCGGCGCCGCCGCGGUCGCGUCGAAGGUGAUCCAGGUGCACCCGUCGUUCCGCCUCGAGACCGUCGUCGACGAGGCGACGGGCGCGACGGAGCUCGUGCUCCGGCGCGUCGGCGAGAAGACGCCCUGGCCCGAGGACGUCGGCGAGCUCUUCCGCCACGACGCGCCGCGGCCCGCGGCCGCGCACCCGGACGAGGAGGAGGAGGACGACGUCGACGUCGACGACGUGCACGCGGCGCCGAAGCCGCUCCUCGUGCGGCUCAAGCAAAAGUUCUGCGCGAAGAAGAAGAAGAGGAACAAGUACGCGCGCGCGAAGCCCGCGAAGUCGAAGGAGCAGCUGCAGAACGAGCUCGUGCUGCAGAACAGCCGCCCGCCCGUGCUGACCGUGGCCACCUACAUGACCUGCGUCGUCGCCCUGGCCGUGUGCCUGGGCCUCCAGCACGGCGGCGUCGUGCCGAGAGGGGUUUACGAUUUGAUCGACGACUUCCGCGCGCUCGGCAAGCUGAGCCGCUACUUCCUCCAGCAGCUCGACCUCGCCGAGGACGUCGCGGACGUCUUCGUCGACUACGCCAAGGAGCUCAACGCGACGGUCAACAUCACGAGCUUCACGCAGAUCGCCAACGUCACGCGCGCGGAGCUCGACGCGUUCGCGGGCGACCUCGAUCGCGCCGCCGACGUCGCGGCGCUCGCGUGCGCCCAGGGCUCGCUCGACGCGGACCUCGCCGCGGCCUGCGCGACCUACGAGGCCGCCGCGAGCUGCGCGCCGGACUCCGCGGACGGCAGCUUCUCGCGCGCGUGCGGCGUCGCCGACACCGUCGACGUCGCGGGGAGGAUCGCCGACGCGGCCGCGAAGCUGAGCGACUACGUCGUGCCCUACCUCGCGACGCUCCGCGAGGCCCUCGAGUUCACCGACGACCUUUCCGUGACGACCGUCGACAGCUCGACGGAGCUCGUCCACGCCGCGGAGGUGUCGUUCAGCGAGACGCAGCGCAUCGCGAUCUGGUCCGCGUUCGCCUGGACGUUCCCCUUCAUCUUGGCCGUGCUCUACCAGUGGGACUGCGCCGUCGGCGCGCUGCGGCGGGGCGACGCGUCGCGCAAGAAGGCCUUCGCGCACGCGCCGCUCGUCAAGGGGCCGAACAUCCUGGGCCAGAUGGUCAGCGGCUGGUUCUGGGCCUUUACGUUCCUGCUCGUGAUCCUGUGGGUCGUCGUCAUGUGCGUCGUCUUCCCGCCGAUCCGCGACUACAUCCUCACGUACCAGUGGGCGGCCAUCAGCUUCGUCAUCACCUUCAUCCUCAAGGGCCAGAUCCUGACGCCCAAGCUCUACAACAAGAAGGCGAGCGACGGCAAGAUCAUCACGUCGCGGGCCUACUACGCGCUCUGCUGCGUCGCGUGGAUGUUCUACGGCUUCGCGACGGGCGCCUUCGCGGCGCUCACGCGCAUGGUCUACUUCAUCCUCUGGACGAUCCAGGCGCUCUUCAUCUACGACGGGUCGCUCCUCCCCGGGCCCCUCAAGUCGCUCGACGCGGGCCACGCGGCGUUCUGCUCCCUGCUCUGGGCGCACCACACGCACCACAACGUGACCAUGGUCGCCGCGGCAGAGGUGCUCAGGGACGGCGCGAACUCGGGCGCGUCCCCGUCGUACCGCCGCGCGCGGAACAGGAUGCAGCUCGCCUACACGCUCCUCAACAACCCGUCCGUCGUCAAGCACCGGCGCGACCACGCGGCGCUCAAGGAGUGCUCCUCGGAGAAGCGGGACCCGUCGAAGGUCCACCCGGUCUAAGUUUGUAUGU